GAAUGGCGGCGCAGUUCGGGCUGCCGUUAUGUAGCAGGAACCAGCAGCUCGACAUUGAGGAAAGAUGGCGACCAGAGUCUUUCAGAGCCUGGGAAAGGGCCUGCACCAGGCUAGCAACGGGCUACUACCGCAACAGCACGCGGUAUUAACUCUCAGAACCCUGAGUGCAUCCUCGAACCGAAACCGAGAAGACAGCUGGUUUAAGUCUCUCUUUGUGCGAAAAGUUGACCCCAGGAAGGACGCGCAUUCUCAUCUGCUGGCCAAGAAAGAAGACCAUAACCUGUAUAAAAUUCAGUUUCACAAUGUCAAGCCAGAGUGCCUUGAUGAUUAUAACAAACUUUGUGAACAAGUCUUGCCAUCUAUCCACGCCAACCCUGAUUACUCGUGUGAGCUGGUGGGCACCUGGAACACGUGGUACGGAGAGCAGGACCAAGCAGUGCAUCUGUGGCGAUACAGAGGAGGCUACCCUGCCCUGACUGAUGUCAUGAACAAACUCAGGAAGAAUAAGGAGUUCAUGGAGUACAGAGAAGAGCGAGGGAAGAUGCUGCUGUCUCGUAGAAAUCAGCUGCUGCUCGAGUUCAGCUUCUGGAAUGAGCCCGUGCCCCGAGCCGGGCCCAACAUAUACGAGCUCAGAUCCUACCAGCUCCGGCCUGGAACGAUGAUCGAGUGGGGAAAUUACUGGGCUCGGGCUAUUGAGCUCCGACAGCAGAACAACGAGGCUGUAGGAGGCUUCUUCUCUCAGAUCGGAAGUUUGUACAUGGUGCAUCACCUGUGGGCGUACAAAGACCUGCAGUCAAGGGAGGAAACUAGAAACGCAGCUUGGCAGCAUGAAGGUUGGGACGAAGUUGUCUACUACACAGUUCCUCUGAUUCAGCACAUGGAAUCGAGAAUAAUGAUUCCACUGAAGACUUCACCUCUGAAGUAGCUUCCUCAUGAUGACUCGAACAGAAAGCUGCAAAUCAACCCGUUUUUAUUACGAGAUUCCAACCGAGUUUCAGUCAGAUUUUGCACUGCUGUGGAUCUCUGAUCAGGAAAAAGGAAAAAAAAAAAAAAAACAUUUGUAGCAUUCUACCCUUUUCCCCAGAUUUUCUUACGUUUACUGAUUAGACUCGUUCGGCCGUUUUGAUCAGAAUCUCUCGACAACAGAGAAAUUAAUUACUCUGAAUACACACAACACUCUAAACUAACUUCUUUUUUUUUUUUUUUUUUUUAUAAACGUAAGGUCUUCUGAGAAUGUUUUUCUCCUGGUUUCUGCUUGUUACCAUGAUUACAGCAGUUAUAGUGCGUCUGUUGUUCAUGUCAUGAAGCCUUGGCAAUGUGUUUUCAUUAAAAAUCCAGUCAGGAUGUUUCGACUGUCACUUCAUUUCGGAAUGAUCUUGCCUUUUUUUUUUUCUUUCCUCCCCACGUUCUGAAUAACUUCCAGCAUGCUUGUUUAUUUUAUUAUUUUUUUUUUUGUUAUCUUGUCUUUUUUCUAAUGUGUGCGGGUGUCCAUUGAGUAGGAGACGUUGAUCAAAACAUCCUGAUCUGGAGCUUUAGUCGGUAACGUUAAUGUUGUUGUCUUCUGCAUAUUUACUGUAGUUCAGUUUUAUAACAGUAAAGUAAUAGAGCUGUAAGAGAAACUGAAACCAUGUGUGUGAUUCGCACAGUAGUGAGAAUCUCGUACGCAGAAAUAAUUGUCUAAAACAAAUACACAAAUUGAGUAUAUGGUGAGGUUAAAAUUGAAUAAAACACAACACACAUUUUACUGUAAGAAACCCAAGACUUGAUCGUUUGCUGAAUGCUGAUUGUGGAUGUGAGAAAUGCAGUUGAAUUUAUAUACAGAUCUGAACUGAUAUGAAGUGUGAAAACAGUUCAAAUGCAGCUUCAUCAGCGUGACAACCCUUUAAGCUGGGGUUCGAACACUCCAAUAAAUUUCACCAUAUUUUCUUUCAUUUGCAGCUGUGGUGUUUGUCUAGUUCAUUUCCAGCCAUGACUCGUGUGAUGAAAUGUCCUACGUGUUCUCUUUUAACCCAGUGAUCACCUUAUCAAUGAACGAGUAACAACGAUCAGAAAAGGUGGAAUUUUAAUCUUUCCACUUUGGGAAACUGGCAAAACUGACAGGAUGUAGUGCUACUCAGCCAAACAGAGAUUUUGUGUGGAUUAUGGGUGGAUUCGUACGUAAUAUUUACUGUGGUUUUAUUUAAUAUCCACUGCUUUGAGGAGAUUAGAUGUACAUACUGAAAUAAAUUUAUGAUUGAACUACA